AUGAUUUGCUCUGUGACAGGAAAGCCGGUCAAGGAUGUACUCUCAACGUUUUUCAAGGACCGUAACGAUGUACUAGAGUCAGAGGUGAAGAAAUUCCACCUUCUAGCCACUUUUGAGGAGUGUAAGGCGCUUGCAGCAGAUACUGCGCGCAGAAUGAACGAGUACUACAAGGACGUCGCAGAACCUGUCACACUUGUCGCCCUGUUGACCGGGGCCUAUCUCUAUGCAUCGCUGUUGACAGUUCAUCUUACAUUCCCGUACACCCUCCACUUCGUGAAGGUCUCGUCGUACAAGGGCACGAGGCAAGAAUCUGUCGUGUUUGACGAAGAGGACCUCAAGCAGCUCAAAGAGAAGCGUGAGGUUGUGCUUAUUGACGAGUAUGUCGACUCGGGGCAUACCAUCUUCUCCAUUCAGGAGCAGAUCAAGCACGCUAAGAUCUGUUCCUGCUUUGUUAAGGAUGUGGACGCCAUCAAAAAGCAUUCAGCACUCGCGGAUACCAAGAUGUUCUAUGGAUACACGCCCAUGCCCAAGGGUUCAUGGCUGAUCGGUUUUGGUUUGGAUGAUAACGGGCUUCGCCGCGGCUGGGCACAUCUGUUCGACAUAAAUCUUAGCGAGAGCGAAGUGACAGAGUUCCGAAGGCGCCUCACAGAGCACAUUAAAGGACUCAACAUUAACGGUGUUAACAGAUAUUAA